UCGUAGUACUGGCUGACAGUGAGGGGAACAUUCCUCUGGGACAGGGGAGCUCCAUAAGGCGGUCAUAGAAGCAUUUGGAAACUGUGGAAUAGGGCUUUAAAAUGGUCCAAACGCAUCCGAAAUGCGAACAGAACUGAAGGAGUUAUAGUACCUCCUCUCUUCAAUGUACCUGCAAUCACUGGAUAGACUACAUCUCUGGAACGAGACCACAUGUUGGCACAGUUGCUGGGGCGUUUGGAAGUGGUCCAAACACGUCCGAAACGCGAAUAGAAGCGAAGGAGUUAUAAUACCUCCUCUCUUCGAUGUACCUGCAAUCACUGAAUGGACUACAUCUCCGGAACGAGGACACACAUUGGCACAGGUGUUGGGGCGUUUGGAAGGGAAGAAAGGAGCUUCUUCUGCUCCUAAUCCUCCAGCUCUGGGGCAUCAUCAGAGCUGCUCUGGUGAGAAGGUGCUAUCCAGGGGGGUUUCUGACGAGGAGGAGGGUCCAAAAGUGCGAUCCUGGACACCUGGGAAUGUGCAAAGACAUAGCCCUGAUGGAAAGGAGCUAUCCAGGGAGGUUUUCGACGAGGAGGAGGGGCAGGAAUGCACCACUGUACAGUCCCAGGUUCCUGUGACAUUGUGGAUAGAUCCUGGGCCUGGGCCCUUCCUGACGAAUGGCAAAUCGGUCCCAGUGAAGCUUCGUGAAGAAUGGGGAGGUGGAAGGGAUGAAAUUGGGUUUGGGGAGGUAUGUGGGAAUCAUGGAGGCGAGGCAAGUGGUGUGCAUGGACCUACUCAACAACUGGACUGGAGAGAACUCCCUUUGAGCGUGUUAUUAUGUGAGGCCUGGCACAAAAGGCCUGCUCUUGUCCUAUCUGGACUGGGCCUAAGCAAGCAGGACAGCUGCCUAGGCCAUACAAGGGGAGGUGGGAUAAGUGCCGCUACUGGUGUAGGGAGCCUGACCAGUGGUGGUUGCGGAGCUUGGGUGGACCUAGCCAAAGGUCCUGGAGUGGGGGAAGGAGGUGUAGUUGGUGAGGAUGGAGGUGGUUGGGAGUGUGGAGCCUCGACGUAG